CAUAUUCACAUAACGUGUAUCCAACACGUAUUCCGUAGGACUAACUGGACAAGAAAAUUGAAUCCAAUUGAAUCGUACCUAAUGCUAGUCAGAGUCGAGAUGGAGAGAUACCUCCUCAGACUCGAAAGCGGCACAGUGUAACUUUGGUGUAUCUACAAUGCGUAUACGAGAAAGGGGUUAAGCUAAAAGCUUCAGUGUAUACUCAUCUUACUCUUUAUCGACAUCACUGUCGGAAAUCACUCAAUUCCCGUCUUGAACAUUUUCAAUUGAGGUGUGGGUCCGGGUAACUUGAAGGAGCCUUCCUAGUCAGCACAGAUAUUUUAAUCUUGACCACGAACUGCGACGCCUUUCAUUCUUGAAGUUAUCUUGGAACGGAACACACGAGGCACAACUUAAAGCUUCAAGAAAAACCACUGUUCCAUCCCGGCCCGCCCAAAUUCCCGAAUUUCCAAAUUUCAAACCUCGAUGUCCCGUUCCCAUUCCGCUCUCGACCGGACCAUCACCACGAAAUCCUCCAAAUGGAUCAAACUCGUUUCACAGAAUCCUACCCGGACUGUUGCUGCUCUUUAUAUAGGCCCCACUGGAGCGACGAACUCACAUGGAGACAACGGACAGGAUUUUAUAUUCGCCAUGGACGCUGUGAGGAGAGUCGCUGAAGAGCUUUCCAGAGUGACAGUGCAGCCGUUGAGCUCUGGCGAAGGUUCUGGAGGAAGUCUAGGAGAAGGAAAAGACCUCAGAAAAGACUUGGAAGGUCUCGUGAAUGCUGGCGUUGUUGAGGCUCUAUGUCGAAAUGUCAUCGAUCUGAAGGGUGAUACCAUGGCCGAUGAUGCAAUGUCGUCCUUCUACCCUCCAUUCGUCAUCCUCUACUUCGUGGUCAUCGGUAUGAACAAUGGCGACCGCGACGAACGUUCUGGAAACCAACGAAGCACUGUGGACAAACGCGCCAUGAAUGCCAUCAUGGAUAAUUGGGAAGAAAUGGUCGAUCGAUGGUGGAAAGAACCUCAGAACACGCUCAAGCAAGACGCCACACAUGAGCCUGAACGUCUACUUGUGUCGAGGUUAAUGGGCUAUUUGCUGCUUGAAGACUCGUCUAUGUAUCUAAAAAUUUUCCAUCCAUCAUCGCAUACCCUUUCUCUUAUAUCCCGCCACUGGGUUCACUGCACGUCUGCCAAUAUUGCUCGUCUCAACCUCUCCAUCCUACGGUCUAUCAUAUUCUUCAAAUUCUCGCAAAAUGUCGAGGAAUACCUGAAAGAGCACGAAAAACCCCCUCUCGGUUCGUUGUUGGACAAGAUUUACACGGGUAUCCGGGCUCCCAGUAGUUCCAGCCAAUCUGGCGAACUCCAAACCUCAGCUCAAUACCUCCUCCAAACGAUGUCCAAUCGUCUAGCCCUCGGAGAUCCUUCGUACGCCGUCGAAGACUUGGGAUUUUGUCAUGAUGUGUAUGUCGGUCUGCGGGAGUUCGCUGCUUCUUCCUCAAAUACCUCCGAGUUGGAUGAUUUUGCUGAUGCUCUUCGAAACUCGGAAGCAUAUUGGCGGAAUGCGUUCACUCUGAUGCAUAUAAAAAAUUCCGACAAGUCGACGCAUACCGAGAAAGAAGUAUCAGUAGCUGUGUUGAACCUUGCUCUCAAACUUAUCCUUCAACGGCCUGUACCCGAAGUAGCGCAACUCAUGCGGACCUGGAUCCAAACGGGCUUAUUUAGUGUCCUAGAUGAGACGAUGGAAGAGUUGAUCAGGGUUCCUGGCGCGACUAGAUUGUUGACAUUCUUCUAUACAACAAUCAAAGAAUCCUGUUUGUCCCCAUCGUUCCCUGUCGAUGUUCUUGAAGCGCUCAAGGACGAGUUUCCGAGACAGCGAGCGGUAGGCGCGGUUAUGCGGUACGAGACUGAACAAAAAGGAAAUCAACAGAACAACACUCCAGAGAAGAACGCCCAUGAAGAUGAUAUUCCCGAUGCGGAAGAUCCAAUAUGGAUCAAUGGUCUUUGGCAGGCGAUGGGUUGGUUGGAGGGGGUAUGCCACCGUGACCAUCCUGAGCACGAGGGCGCGCAAGGUAUUGAAAAUAGACUAGUGGUUACAACAGGUUCAACCCUGUGUGCACGAAGAAGUUGUGGAAAGAAGGCUGUCUCGAAAUGUUCCUCGUGUAAGCAGUUUUGGUAUUGUGGAGUUGAAUGUCAGAGACUAGAUUGGAAAGAACAUAAAUCAAUCUGCAAAAACAACUUUGCUGCACCGUAUAUGCAAACGGUUCGGGCAGGUACAAAGAGGUUGACAGGAGGAAAUGCAGCAAAACUAGGAUUGAUGGGGUUAGGUCCCAAUGAUUCGGAAUUCGACAGUGACACAAGUAACGCCAAAACGGUGACGGUGGUAGAUAGAUUGAAGGGCCUGUCGGAUUAUAUGACGCCAAUAGCGUUCCUUAUCCUUGUCGUUGCGGCACAGGCUUUUGGGAUCUGGGAUGACUUGGGGAGGUGGAUCGGUGUGGUUUAAAAUGCCUCCAUGAAUGUUCAUCCAACUCUAUAUAUUA